CCUAAAAGAAUUCCUGCCUAAAGAAUAUACCAAACAAAGAGGGGCUGAAAAGAGAAUAUUUCAGGAGCACAAAAACUGUGGUGAGAUGACUGAAAUAGAAGCCAAAGUGAAGUAUGUGAAGUUAGCCCGCUCCCUGCGGACCUACGGAGUGUCUUUUUUUCUUGUUAAGGAAAAAAUGAAAGGCAAAAACAAACUGGUUCCUCGUUUGCUGGGUGUUACCAAGGACUCGGUGAUGCGUGUGGAUGAGAGGACCAAGGAAGUGUUGCAGGAAUGGCCGCUGACAACUGUGAAACGCUGGGCUGCCUCGCCUAAAAGCUUCACUCUGGAUUUUGGGGAAUAUCAGGAAAGCUAUUACUCAGUACAGACCACUGAAGGAGAACAGAUCUCUCAGUUAAUAGCAGGUUACAUCGAUAUCAUCCUAAAGAAGAAACAAAGUAAAGAUAGAUUUGGACUUGAAGGUGAUGAGGAAUCAACCAUGUUGGAAGAAUCUGUUUCGCCUAAGAAACCUACCAUUUUGCAGCAGCAGUUCAACCGAACAGGGAAGGUGGAGCAUGGCUCUGUGGCACUACCAGCUGUGAUGCGCUCAGGGUCCAGUGGCCCAGAGACUUUCAACAUUGGCAUCAUGCCUUCUCCCCAGCAACAAGUCACAAUUGGUCAGAUGCACAGAGGACAUAUGCCCCCACUUACCUCAGCUCAGCAGGCCUUGAUGGGGACUAUUAAUACCAGUAUGCAUGCUGUUCAACAGGCACAAGCUGACCUCAAUGAAGUCGAUAACCUGCCACCUCUAGGGCAGGACAUGGCAUCUAGAGUAUGGGUUCAGAACAAGGUUGAUGAAUCAAAACAUGAAAUACACUCUCAGGUUGAUGCUAUCACUGCAGGAACUGCAUCUGUUGUUAACCUUACAGCAGGGGACCCAGUUGACACUGAUUACACUGCUGUGGGAUGUGCAAUUACGACCAUCUCUUCCAACCUCACUGAGAUGUCUAAAGGUGUGAAACUGCUUGCUGCUCUCAUGGAUGAUGAAGUUGGAAGUGGAGAAGACCUCCUGAAAGCUGCUCGAACAUUGGCCAGUGCUGUCUCAGACUUGCUGAAGGCUGUGCAACCCACUUCAGGAGAGCCUCGACAGACAGUUUUGACUGCAGCCGGAAGCAUUGGACAAGCAAGCGGGGAGCUACUGAGACAAAUUGGAGAGAAUGAAACAGAUGAAAGGUUCCAGGAUGUUCUGAUGAGUCUGGCCAAAGCUGUCGCAAAUGCUGCUGCCAUGUUAGUGCUGAAGGCCAAGAACGUAGCACAGGUCGCAGAGGACACCGUCCUGCAGAACAGGGUCAUUGCUGCCGCUACGCAGUGCGCACUCUCUACUUCCCAGCUUGUGGCUUGUGCAAAGGUUGUGAGUCCCACCAUCAGCUCCCCGGUGUGUCAGGAACAGCUCAUUGAGGCAGGGAAACUGGUAGACCGUUCGGUGGAGAACUGCGUGAGGGCCUGCCAGGCUGCCACCGAUGACACUGAGUUACUGAAGCAGGUCAGUGCAGCCGCCAGCAUUGUCAGCCAAGCCCUGAAUGACCUCUUGCAGCAUGUCCGCCAGUUUGCAAGCAGGGGAGAGCCUAUUGGACGCUAUGACCAGGCUACAGAUACCAUCAUGUGUGUCACAGAGAGUAUUUUCAGUUCAAUGGGAGAUGCUGGUGAAAUGGUACGGCAGGCCAGGGUGCUGGCUCAAGCCACUUCUGAUCUUGUCAAUGCCAUGAGGUCAGAUGCUGAAGCAGAAAUCGACAUGGAGAACUCUAAGAAGCUUCUGGCUGCUGCGAAGCUCCUGGCAGAUUCUACAGCCCGCAUGGUGGAAGCUGCAAAGGGAGCGGCGGCCAACCCUGAAAAUGAGGAUCAGCAACAGCGCCUGAGAGAAGCAGCGGAGGGACUGCGGGUUGCUACAAAUGCUGCUGCACAGAAUGCCAUCAAGAAGAAAAUUGUCAACAGAUUAGAGAUUGCUGCUAAGCAAGCUGCAGCUGCUGCUACUCAGACUAUUGCAGCUUCUCAGAACGCAGCGAUUUCAAAUAAGAACACAGCAGCCCACCAGCAACUCGUGCAGAGCUGUAAGAAUGUUGCAGACCAUAUUCCUCAAUUGGUGCAGGGUGUAAGAGGAAGUCAAGCUCAGUCAGAAGACCUCAGUGCCCAGCUUGCUCUAAUAAAUUCCAGCCAGAAUUUCCUUCAGCCUGGAAGUAAGAUGGUGGCGUCUGCUAAAGCUGCAGUCCCCACUGUGACUGAUCAAGCAGCAGCAAUGCAACUAAGUCAGUGUGCAAAGAAUCUUGCUACCAGCUUAGCUGAGCUACGAACGGCCUCCCAGAAGGCUCAUGAAGCAUGUGGCCCAAUGGAAAUCGAUUCUGCUUUGAAUACGGUCCAGACGCUCAAGAGUGAACUGCAAGAUGCGAAGAUGGCAGCAGUGGAUGGACAGUUAAAACCUCUCCCAGGAGAAACUCUUGAGAAAUGCACUCAGGAUCUGGGAAGUACAUCCAAAGCAGUCGGUUCAUCAAUGGCCCAGUUGUUAACUUGUGCUGCUCAAGGCAACGAGCACUACACAGGAGUUGCUGCCAGAGAAACUGCUCAGGCUUUGAAGACUUUGGCUCAGGCAGCACGAGGGGUUGCAGCAUCUACUACCGACCCUGUGGCAGCACACGCAAUGUUGGAUUCAGCAAGGGAUGUCAUGGAAGGCUCUGCUAUGCUUAUUCAGGAGGCAAAACAGGCUCUGGCUGCACCAGGGGAUGCAGAUAGUCAGCAGAGAUUAGCCCAGGUGGCAAAAGCAGUGUCCCACUCCUUGAAUAACUGCGUGAAUUGUCUGCCUGGCCAAAAGGAUGUGGAUGUGGCCUUGAAGAGUAUUGGGGAAUCCAGCAAGAAGCUCCUUGUUGAUUCGCUACCUCCAAGUUCAAAGUCAUUUCAAGAAGCUCAGAGUGAACUGAACCAGGCAGCAGCAGACCUGAAUCAGUCAGCAGGAGAAGUUGUUCAUGCGACACGGGGCCAAAGUGGGGAACUGGCCGCAGCCUCUGGAAAAUUCAGUGAUGAUUUUGAUGAAUUCCUGGAUGCUGGUAUUGAAAUGGCUGGCCAAGCACAGACUAAAGAGGACCAGAUUCAAGUAAUAGGUAACCUCAAGAGCAUCUCUAUGGCUUCCAGCAAGCUGUUACUAGCUGCCAAGUCUCUGUCUGUUGAUCCUGGAGCUCCUAAUGCCAAGAACCUCUUAGCAGCAGCAGCAAGAGCCGUAACUGAGAGUAUAAACCAGCUCAUCACACUGUGCACCCAGCAAGCUCCCGGGCAGAAGGAAUGUGAUAAUGCUCUCAGAGAACUGGAGACAGUUAAGGGAAUGCUGGAUAACCCCAAUGAACCUGUGAGCGACCUGUCGUAUUUUGACUGUAUUGAGGGUGUAAUGGAAAACUCGAAGGUUCUUGGAGAAUCAAUGGCAGGGAUUUCCCAGAAUGCCAAAACUGGGGAUCUCUUAGUCUUUGGAGAAUGUGUUGGAGUAGCAUCCAAGGCUCUCUGUGGCCUCACAGAGGCAGCAGCUCAGGCUGCUUACCUGGUUGGCAUCUCAGAUCCAAACAGUCAGGCUGGUCAGCAGGGUCUAGUUGACCCAAUUCAAUUCGCCAGAGCCAAUCAAGCAAUUCAAAUGGCCUGCCAGAACUUGGUAGAUCCAGCAAGCAGCCCCUCACAGGUACUAUCAGCUGCCACAAUUGUGGCCAAACACACUUCUGCUUUGUGCAAUGCUUGUCGCAUUGCUUCAUCAAAGACAGCAAAUCCUGUUGCCAAGAGACACUUCGUGCAGUCUGCCAAGGAAGUUGCAAACAGCACUGCUAACCUGGUGAAAACUAUCAAGGCUCUGGAUGGUGAUUUCUCUGAAGAGAACCGCAACAAGUGCAGAGUUGCUACUGCACCUUUGAUAGAGGCUGUAGAAAACCUGACAGCAUUUGCCUCAAAUCCAGAAUUCGUCAGCAUACCAGCACAGAUCAGCACUGAGGGAUCACGAGCACAGGAACCAAUUCUAGUUUCUGCUAAAACAAUGUUGGAGAGCUCAUCUUUAUUGAUCAAAACUGCUCGUUCUCUGGCUAUCAAUCCAAAAGACCCUCCUACAUGGUCUGUACUAGCUGGGCAUUCCCAUACUGUCUCAGACUCUAUCAAGAGUCUUAUCACCUCUAUCAGAGACAAGGCCCCAGGCCAGCGGGAAUGUGACUUCUCCAUUGAUGGGAUCAACAAAUGCAUCAGAGACAUUGAGCAAGCCUCCCUUGCAGCUGUCAGUCAGAGUCUGGCCACCAGGGACGACAUCUCGGUUGAGGCUCUACAGGAGCAACUGACAUCAGUCGUCCAGGAAAUUGGCCAUCUCAUUGAUCCCAUAGCUACUGCAGCUCGGGGAGAGGCAGCUCAGCUUGGGCACAAGGUAAUGCAGCUGGCAAGUUACUUCGAACCCUUGGUUUUAGCCGCGGUUGGCAUGGCAUCCAAAACACUGGAUCAUCAGCAACAGAUGACCGUGUUGGACCAGAGCAAGACACUGGCAGAAUCUGCCUUACAGAUGCUGUACGCUGCCAAAGAAGGGGGAGGAAACCCCAAGGCGUCCCAUACUCAUGAUGCAAUCACUGAGGCUGCUCAGCUGAUGAAAGAGGCUGUGGAUGACAUCAUGGUUACCUUAAAUGAAGCUGCAAGUGAAGUAGGCAUGGUUGGAGGUAUGGUGGACUCGAUAGCAGAGGCAAUGAGCAAGCUGGAUGAAGGUACGCCUCCAGAUCCCAAGGGAACAUUUGUUGAUUAUCAGACCACUGUGGUGAAAUACUCUAAAGCCAUUGCUGUAACAGCACAGGAAAUGAUGACUAAGUCGGUUACUAACCCGGAGGAGUUGGGAGGACUUGCAUCACAAAUGACCAAUGACUAUGGGCAUUUGGCUCUCCAGGGCCGAAUGGCUGCAGCUACAGCAGAACCAGAGGAGAUAGGGUUCCAGAUCAGGACUCGGGUCCAAGAACUUGGCCAUGGCUGUAUCUUUCUUGUGCAAAAAGCUGGAGCUCUGCAGAUUUGCCCUACAGACAGCUACACCAAAAGGGAGUUGAUAGAAUGUGCUCGUGCUGUCACGGAAAAGGUCUCCUUAGUUUUAUCCGCCCUUCAAGCAGGGAAUAAAGGCACACAAGCCUGUAUUACUGCAGCGAGUGCAGUGUCUGGGAUAAUUGCAGAUCUGGACACCACUAUCAUGUUUGCUACUGCUGGAACCCUUAAUGCUGAGAACAACGAAUCAUUUGCAGACCACAGGGAAAAUAUCCUGAAAACUGCAAAAGCUUUAGUGGAAGAUACAAAAUUGUUGGUUUCUGGUGCUGCCUCGAGUCAGGACAAACUGGCCCAAGCAGCUCAGUCGUCAGCUAACACCAUCACUCAACUUGCUGAGGUAGUGAAAUUGGGAGCAGCUAGCUUGGGAUCUGAUGACCCUGAAACACAGGUUGUCCUGAUCAAUGCUAUCAAGGAUGUUGCAAAGGCCCUUUCUGAUCUCAUUGGUGCUACCAAAGGAGCAGCCAGCAAACCAGCAGAUGAUCCGUCCAUGUACCAGUUGAAGGGUGCUGCCAAAGUAAUGGUAACUAAUGUCACAUCACUUUUGAAGACUGUUAAAGCAGUAGAAGAUGAAGCUACUCGAGGGACAAGAGCUCUUGAGGCCACAAUAGAAUACAUCAAACAGGAACUCACGGUGUUUCAGUCAAGCGAGGUUCCAGAAAAGACAUCAUCACCUGAAGAAUCAAUCCGGAUGACGAAAGGAAUCACCAUGGCAACUGCCAAAGCUGUUGCAGCUGGGAACUCAUGCAGACAGGAGGAUGUGAUUGCUACAGCGAAUCUGAGCCGCAAAGCAGUAGCUGACAUGCUAACAGCUUGUAAGCAAGCAUCGUAUCACCCAGAUGUGAAUGAAGAAGUUCGAGAGAGAGCCCUGCGCUUUGGAACAGAAUGUACCCUGGGAUACUUGGAACUCCUGGAACAUGUUCUCCUGAUCCUUCAAAAACCAACUCCAGAACUAAAGCACCAGUUGGCCUCUUUCUCCAAGCGGGUGGCUGGUGCUGUUACAGAGCUCAUCCAGUCAGCAGAGGCAAUGAAAGGGACCGAGUGGGUGGAUCCGGAAGACCCAACAGUCAUUGCAGAGACAGAGCUACUAGGGGCUGCAGCAUCGAUUGAGGCUGCAGCAAAGAAGUUAGAGCAGCUGAAACCAAGAGCCAAGCCAAAGCAAGCAGAUGAGACUCUGGAUUUUGAAGAACAGAUCCUGGAAGCAGCUAAAUCCAUUGCAGCUGCUACCAGCGCCCUUGUGAAGUCAGCUUCAGCAGCCCAGAGAGAACUGGUGGCACAGGGAAAGGUUGGAGCGAUCCCUGCAAACGCAGCUGAUGAUGGACAGUGGUCUCAGGGACUUAUUUCCGCUGCCCGAAUGGUGGCAGCUGCAACCAGCAAUCUCUGUGAAGCAGCUAAUGCCUCAGUACAAGGCCACGCUAGUGAGGAGAAGCUCAUCUCAUCCGCCAAGCAAGUGGCAGCUUCUACAGCCCAGUUGCUUGUGGCUUGCAAAGUGAAGGCUGAUCAUGACUCAGAAGCCAUGAGGAGGCUGCAGGCUGCAGGAAACGCUGUCAAGCGAGCAUCAGACAAUCUGGUGAGGGCAGCCCAAAAAGCAGCGUUUGGGAAAGCAGAGGACGACGACGUUGUGGUCAAAACAAAGUUUGUGGGUGGCAUUGCUCAGAUCAUUGCAGCCCAAGAAGAAAUGCUGAAGAAGGAAAGAGAGCUGGAAGAGGCAAGGAAAAAACUGGCCCAGAUACGCCAACAGCAGUACAAAUUUCUACCCACAGAGCUGAGAGAAGAUGAGGGUUAA